AUGGCUAUCUGGCGGCGACCACACCAGAUGUCAGCCGUGAGGUACAUCGCGUGUCUUUGUGCUCUUUUGAUUAUUUGCUAUCACUUCCGGACAUGGAAUGUCGACUAUGCAGUGAGCUCGAGCUUACCGGUGGACAAGCAGUCUUUGGAGACGUCAGAGGCCCAGGAAGAAAUACUGGAGGACAAGCCUACAUACACUCACGUCGAAACGCCACAAGCUACUCCAGCCGAUACUCCAUUGGUGAUUCCGCUUGAGGCAAGUCAGUCACAACUCUCAGACUCGGCCACAGGGCGUGGCGGAAUACCCAAGAAAAUCUGGUAUAAGCUGGGGGCGAAGGGACUCAGUUACGACGCACGUGGCUGGACGGAAACGUGCAUCUCGCAGAACCCCGAUUACCACGCAGAGUUCCUCACAGACGAGUCCGCGGACGAGUUCGUGAGGGAGAAAUACGCAGACCGCCCCGACAUCGUGGAGACGUACUUGGCCCUCACCGUGCCGAUCCUCAAGGCCGACCUGCUGCGGUACCUGCUCCUCUACGCCGAGGGCGGCGUCUGGUUCGACCUGGACGUUUCGUGCGAGGGCAUACCGAUAGACGAGUGGAUCCCAGAGGAGCUCGAGGACGACGUUAGCCUGGUAGUAGGCUGGGAAUUUGAUGCGGGCUACGACUUCCUCUUCGACCGGCAGUUCACGACCUGGACUGUCAUGGCCAGGAAGGGUGUGCCGCAUCUGAUGGCCGUGGUGGACGACAUUGUGCAAUCGAUGGCUGAUGUGGCCAAGGCGCACAACAUUACGAUUUCGCAGCUGAACAUGAACAAUGUUGGAGAUGUCGUAGACUUCACCGGCCCGGUAAGGUUCGCGAAGAGCGUCAUGGGGAGCUUGGAGCCGUCGCUGAACGAGACUGGUGACUGGGACGGGUGGGAGGAUUAUUACGAGCUCGUGGAGCCGAAGCUUGCCGGCGACGUCUUGAUUCUUCCGGGAUAUUCGUUAUCGGCCAUUUUCAACACGUACGAGGAAGAAGACCAGGAUAGAGUUGGCCCCUCGUUGGUGGUCCAUCACUAUGCCGGGAGUUGGAAGAAUGACUAUGGCGGAGAGAGGGUGGACGAGCGAAGACGGGCUCGAUAG